AUGGCCAGGGAAAAGUUAAGACUCUCCCUCUGCUUUGCAGAUCACUAUCGCAAUGUUGUGAACAAGUAUGAUUACUUCUACAAAGAAGUUCACCAAGGUUACAUUCCCAUCCUAAUGAAAUGUUUGGACUUAAAGCCAGAGCACGUGGUCGCUGACAUUGGUAGUGGAACAGGCGCCAUUGCAAAAGAUCUCUUUGAAUUAUCAGGGCUUCACAAUCCUAUUUGGUGUGUAGACCCCAGCGUGGAAAUGCAAGCAGUUGCUCGACAAAAGAAAGGGGUUUACCCGGUUGUGAAAACGGCCGAAGAAUUUUUCUCGAAUCCGCAAAUUAGCGAGAGGUUUGACCGAGUGCUAGCCACUAUGAGUGCACAUCAUUUUGUAAACCCCGAUGCUGUCUAUAAAGGAAUACUUCGUAGUCUACGCCCCGGGGGUUUUUAUGUGCAGUUAACUGGCACCCUUAAGAGCAGUCUUCCGUUAUUCAAAGAUGUAAAAAACCUUAUGAGCCAAUGUUUUGAGCGAGGGAAGGAAAUCUCAUCUCCGUUGCUAAAGGAAAUUGGUGUGAAUUCAAACAUCUCGCGUCAAGAGUUCUCCUUUUCCGCGGCUGUGACAAAGUCCAAGUUGUACGAAAAAUAUCGAUGCCGCUUUUUAAGUGUAUUGCAGCAUUUAAACGAUGAUGAAAUUGAAGAGGGAAUAAGAGAGUUGGAGAACGAAUAUUAUCAUAAUGUUAAAGAUGAUGAACUCAUCAAUUACGAGUGUACUGUACUUGUGACAAGAGCAGAGAAAGUAGCUUGA